AUUUUAACUCUUCCAUAAUGAGCACAUCCAUCAGCAAUAGUCUCACCACACCUACGAUCACAUCUUUAUCUUCAUCUGAAGCGCCGAUCCCUACAACCGAUUUUCCUGAGAGUACUACUUGUGACGAACCAUUGCUAACAUCUGAAGUGGGCUCGAGUUCGAGCGCUGACUCUAAGAGUGCCGCCAAUUCUUCGCAGGACUCGGCUUUUGUUAAGAACUCGAGUGAAGAUCAGGAAAAUGUGGUCACGUCUUCUACCAGCGAUUCCAUAACUAAUGGUCCCAACUCUUGAACACAUCUGAUGUCUGAGCCAUUGUUUUAAUAGAAGUGAUAAUUUCUAAAUAAUUAUAUUACAUAAGUCCUCUUAUAGGGAUUGAAAUAUAUAUUUAAAAUGAAUAAUCGAAAUAAAAUGAAUAAAUUUGACGACAAAUAUUUUUAAAGAUUAGUCC